AUGUCACCUGGGAGGCUCCACUUGGAAAGCGAGAUGCCUGUCAACAGCACUGCCGUGUCCUUGGCCAAUGCUACCUACAUCACUGUGGAGAUUCUCAUUGGGCUCUGUGCCAUAGUGGGCAAUGUGCUGGUCAUCUGGGUGGUCAAACUGAACCCCAGCCUGCAGAACACCACCUUCUACUUCAUUGUCUCCCUAGCCCUGGCUGACAUUGCUGUCGGGGUGCUGGUCAUGCCUUUGGCCAUUGUCAUCAGCCUGGGUGUCACAAUCCACUUUUAUAGCUGCCUUCUCAUGGCCUGCCUGCUGCUGAUCUUCACCCACGCCUCCAUCAUGUCCUUGCUAGCCAUUGCCGUGGACCGAUACCUGCGGGUCAAGCUCACGGUCAGAUACAAGAGGGUCACCACUCAAAGAAGAAUAUGGUUGGCUCUGGGCCUUUGCUGGCUGGUGUCAUUCCUGGUGGGAUUGACUCCCAUGUUUGGCUGGAACGUGAAACUGAACUCAGAGUACCACAGAAAUCUCACCUUCCUUUCCUGCCAAUUCCGUUCCGUCAUGAGGAUGGACUACAUGGUCUACUUCAGCUUCUUCACUUGGAUUUUCAUUCCCCUGGUUGUCAUGUGUGCCAUCUACCUUGACAUCUUCUAUGUCAUCCGGAACAAACUCAAUCAGAACUUUUCUAACUCCAAAGAGACAGGUGCAUUUUACGGACGGGAGUUCAAGACAGCCAAGUCUCUGUUUCUGGUUCUUUUCUUGUUUGCUUUGUCCUGGCUGCCUUUAUCCGUCAUCAAUUGUAUCAUCUACUUUAAUGGUGAAGUACCACAAGUUGUGCUGUACUUGGGCAUCCUGCUGUCCCAUGCUAACUCCAUGAUGAACCCUAUCGUCUAUGCUUAUAAAAUAAAGAAGUUCAAGGAAACUUAUCUCUUGAUCCUCAAAGCCUAUGUGAUCUGCCAGCCCUCUAAUUCCUUGGACUCAAGCACUGAGCAGACUUCUGAGUAG